CUCUGCUAUCCUGCUAUAUCCGAUAUGAUAUAUAUCAUAUAUCCGAUAACGUCAGGCUCUCUUAUCCUGAUAUCAGGAUAGAUAUCAGUAUAACCUGCUGUUUGUGAUUGGAUGGUUGGCCAGCAGGACCCAUAUUUCCCUACUGUCAAGAGCGGUGAGGCCAGAAACUCAUCUUGGCCGCUUGAUUAAUGGUGGAUCAGUGAUCUAUAACGAUUCUCAAAUGUUUACUAGAUGAUCGUACUAAGUAUGGCAUCCUCACCACAGCGACUGUCAGAUUGCGUCUCGCAGUCCCAGAUGAGUGUUAAACCUGCAUAUGAUGCAGAAUCAGCGUCAUCUGAUAUUCUGAAUUUUGAUUAUAUAUUCCGUGCAACGUACCCAAACAAGGGUCAGACAGGGCCAUCGGGAAAACGGAAAACGAGAGGCCCUGUGGUUUAUGAAUGCCUUCUUUGUUCUUCUGAUCAGGCAUGGUCAAAUCCGAAACGAGACAAUGCGGUAUACCAUGCGAAGAAUCAACACUUCAGAUAAUACCAUACUCGAACGGUCAUCAGACACUGGCCCUCCAUUAAAGCAGGCUAGGCUUCGUGAUUAUUAUACAGUCAGCCCAUCGGAUUCAACCCUUCGUCAGGUAUUCAAUACCCA